GUCACCAUGUCUCCUGACGUAGGUAGGUGAUUCGAUCACUAUAAAAAGGCGGGAAUAUUAACUGUAACCAUCCAUUCGAGAUUUCGCCACAUUCCGUUUAGAAAAACAAAAACAAAAUGAAACUCUACUUGGUGUUUUUUAUUGUUACGUGUUUGGUCUUCUUCAGCCAAGCUGCCCCCACUGCUGAAGAUAUUACUAUAGUCCAGCAAGCAACAGGCACCAACCCUUCAAACUCAGUCUGCAUAGACUGUGACGUCAUUGGAGACAGCGGCAAAAAGUCCAAGCCUACAACGCCGCCUACGCCCAAGCCUGAUUGUGAUGAGAACGAGCCACCUAAAAUACCAGAAUAUGACGAUAUCAAGCCACCUCAACAACUGGACUGUAAUGAUGACAAACCACCAAAACCUAAGAAGAAGAUUCCGAAGAUCUUACCUUGUUAAAAUGUUGAAUGUUGAAGAUAGAGAAUUUGUAAUAAAAGUCUUGAUCUGAAUAUAUUUGUUCUUAUUGUUCGUGUGAAAAUCUUAGCCUCACUCGAGUUUCAUUGGAUUUUUCAGUAUGAUUUGUCCAUGGAAUUAGUAGGUACUCCGUUGUACGAAGUACUUACUAAAUCCUUGGAUUUGUCACCGUCGUCUAAAGAAACUCCACAUAUUUUUUGUGAUAUGGCUCCAUCGUUCGCCGUAACCAUGAUUAUGCCAACGUCAUUGCUUGAGAAUUAAAAAAUAUAUGACAAAUGUCUAUUUGACUUGUUAUAACUAUCAAAUGUCAGAUAAAGUUUCGCGCAUUUUCGCGGGAUUUUCUGUUCUGUGAUUUAUUUUGGUUGAUUUAUUUAUUGUAGGUUUUUUUUUUUUCAAUUCUAAAUAAAUUUUCAGUCAAUUAUUACAAUUAGAAAAAUAAUACUACAAAAUUGAAGCAAUAAAUUCGUGCAAUCAUGGCAAGAACAAAAGCAUCAGUUGGUGCAAAAGUUGCAUCAGGAAAAAGCAGUAAAGCUCGUUGUAGUGUGGCUUCAGCUCCAAGCAGCUCAUUGGCUUCUGGUAGUAGUGAUAGGUCAUCAAAAAGUUCCUCUGGAGGCAAUCCAGUCUGCCCGAGGGAGACACCAAAUUGGCAGAAACCAAUCACCAACUUCUUUAUAAAUAAGGAGACGGACAGGAGGGCUCCUGAGCCUGAUCCUGAUGAAGAAUCGGCAACAUCUUCAAAAUCCAAACCGAAGCGCAACAUUAUAGAAUCAGACGAAGAAGAGGAACCACCAAAGAAUAAAGAAUUAGAUGAAUCUAUCAUCCUCGAGCCAUUGACCGGGGAGAAUAGUCACAAACUUGACGAGUAUUACCCCAAAAACGGGGAAAAAGGUAAGGGAGUAGGCAAGAAAACGAAAGGGAAGGAGAACGUUGAUAGUAACACAAGGAAGAGGGAUUUGGAGGAAGUUGAGGAAGAGCAAGCAAGUAAGAAAACUAAAAUUUGUUGAUUUAAAAGAUUUUAGGUAGAGUUUAAUUGAUAUUGGUUAUUUAGAUGACCUUUUUUCUUACGAGUCCCAACAUAAUGAACAAUCUUCUGUACUAAUUGUUGAAUUUAGUUGAAACAAACUGUUAACACUACUUUAACAUUGUUGUCAAUUUCUUUUUUUUUUACUAGUUGUUUGCCGCGAACACGAUAAAUUUUCACAAAAAAACAUUUAUGUGAAAAUUUAUCGUGUUGUUUUUACAGUGUUUUUUUUUAAAUUGAAAUAACUUAAAAAUUUCAUCAUAUUUUGACCAGAAUUCAAACAAACAAACAUACAUACAUAGAAAAAAUGUAUUUUUGCCCCAAGUUCAUUUGUAGGUAAUUGAAAGAUUUAAAUUGAUAAAAAUGUCAUGACGGCGGUAACGUGCCUCUUAAAAAUGAAAUAUAAAAUCUUACUUCAUUGCCUUAAAAUAAUGAUUUAAAUUAUGUUAUGAAAUAAGUAUUAUUGAUUUUCUAAUCGCUAUAGUUAAGUAUUGUUUGCUAGAAGAAAAUUGUUGUUUUCGGAAGUUUCCAAUUUUUUGUUUUGUUGAGAAGUCUAUUUCUCACGUAAUCUACGUUAUUUUAGCAAUUUUCUCAAUAUUCUUUUUACAAGGGUAGUAGUACGAAGUAUGGGAUUGCUUUUCACUUCUGACUAUCGAGUCGAUUCCGCUUUCCUUUUUCAGAGGUCGAUUCGAAUGAGACGCAGCGAACCAAUCACAUUGCGGCGUGGUUGUCGUUGCAUCACAAUGACGCACUGUGAUUGGUUAGCUGCGUCUCACUGUGAAUCGAUUCAAUAGUGAGAUAAAUAGCGAAGUCGCACUACGCAUCUAGGAUUUAGCUGUUUCUAUUGUGAAUUUACUUAAAAACCUUCAUAAAAUAAUUGAAGAAAUUAAUUAAAUUGUACGGUCCAAAACUUCAAACCAUACUUACUACACCUUACUUCGAUUGCUUGAGAAUUGGACCUCAGGAUACUGGGACUUCAUAAAGGAAAUCUUAAUGUAUAUUUGUGUAGUUAUGUUCUUGUGUACCAAUUGUUAAAUAGUGUUAUGUUUGAUAUGAAAUAAAGUUUGUACAUAAUAA